GCACAGCAGGAUACGCAAGGGGAAAGGCUGCAGCUGACGGCCGUGUUAUCGGAGCCAAGUGCAAACGGCUUUUGCACUAUGUAUUCGUUGUCUUCACUAUCUUCACAAGAUAGGCAGUAUUUACUGACCGCUUACUCUGGGCCCCUCCAUGCCCUGUGCUGAAACCACCUCUCUCCUUCCUGACCUUCCUCUUCCUGUGGGGCUGGGGAGCCGGGCCGGCGGUUUGGGGGCCAGCGCGCCCGACGGCGGACGGCAGGCGGCAGGGGCCGGGUCCGCGGCAGCGCGGCCAUUCACAGCUUCUCGUCCAGCUAACACUUCCGCUUGCGCGAGUCCUUCCGGGGCAGAAGUCACUAUGGCGGCGGGCUUGGCUCGGCUCGGGCUGCGGUCUGUCAAGCAGGUUCGGGUUCAAUUCUGCCCCUUCGAGAAGGACGUGGAGUCGACGAGGACCUUCCUCCAGGCGGUGAGCAGCGAGAAGGUGCGCUCCACCAACCUCAACUGCGCGGUGAUUGCGGACGUGCGGCACGACGGCUCCGAACCCUGCGUGGACGUGCUUUUCGGAGACGGGCAUCGCCUGGUGAUGCGCGGCGCCCACCUCACCGCCCGGGAAAUGCUCACUGCCUUCGCCUCCCACAUCCAGGCCAGGAGCGCCCAGGCCAGUAGCGCGGCGGGGAGCGGGGACAAGCUAGGCGCUGGGACCGGGUCCUGACAGUGCGGAGGAGACCAACAAGCAGAUUUUAGCUUCGGACUAGGACACUUAAGAGCUUGACUUAAUCACUCAAAUCACUAUCUGGAGGGCCACAGAACGCCACCAACAACAACGAAAGAGCCUUGUGACUACAAAUCCAACCAACGUUUCUGAGACAAGACAAGAUCACCGAGGGGUCGGGACAAACUUGAAUUUAUUUUACUUUCCUACCGUCACUCAACCGCUUUUUAAUUGGGCUUCUCCCACCACUCACUCAAGGUGCCUCUUAGACUUAUUAGCCAAAUCCAGUGCUGUUUUCUCAGUCCUCAUCUUUCCAUCUCAGUAGCCUCUGCCACUCUCAAUUCACUCCUUUGUGGAACCUGUCUUCCUCUUGGGUCCUUUUUCUUUUCUUAACAGUAAGGGUGUACUACUCUAUCCUUCUUUUUCUUCUCUCUUUAUUUUUGGGGCAUCUCAUCUUCUGUCAUAUCUUGAACUGCCCUCUCGGGUUAAAUCCUGCAUUUCUGUUUGGCUCUAAUCUCAACUUCUGUGCUAUAGUCAGGUUACCUACUACCAGUAUCCUCCAAAUCCCAAACGCUCUUUGUCCAAAAUAGAACUGAUAAUCUUACAUACACAUAUACUUGUCUCUCCCCCUGACUCCCCCAUUCCUUUUAAAGAUACUUCAUCUGCUCAGCCACCUGGGCUGGAAACUACAGCAUUAUCUCUGGUUCUGCCCUCUCCUUUUCCCUGUAUAUCCAGUCAGUAAGUUCAGAAUACUCUGUCUAAACAAAAGCUCUGAAAUAUUCUGUCCAUCCCCAUUCAUUGUCUUGUAUCAUUACAUUCUUCCACCAAGUAUCCUUUUUUCUAAUUUUUGCUGCUGUUCUAGUUUAUCUUUCCAAAGCACAUCACUGGUUUUAUGUCUCACCACUUCUUGUUUCAGAGAACAGUGCCUAGUAUUUUUCAUACUAGGUUACCACCCAUUAGUGUGGAUCAUGAAAUCAAUUUAGGGGGUUAAAUCAGCCUUUAUAAAACAGAAUAGAAUAAAUAGAAUAAAAAGUAUCAGAGUUCAUGGCACAUGGAAUGGGAAGUAUUUAAUCAUGAAUAUGUAGAUAGGUGGAUAGAUCUAGAUAUAUACUGUGUAAAGUAUGUGUGUGUGUGUGUAUCUGCAUGUGCUUGGUUGCAACAUAGAGUUAUUUCUUAUCAUUGGUUGUAGGAAAACAUGGUUGAUAACCACUGGUUUAGAGAAGAACUCUGAAUGCUCAGCUAGGCAGUCACGGAUCUCUGGACACUGGCUGCUGUGUACUUUGCCAAAUACAUUUCCCAUGACUCUCCCACAGCAUUACCAUACUGCUUCCCUGCUUAAAAGGGUGCUGUCUUCAAAGGGCUGGUUUUUCCCCUCUCCCUUUAAAAAAAGAAAACUACCAGGAGGCAGUAUAGUGUAGUAAAGAGUCAGAGUACGUGGGGUUGAAAUCCCGGGUUUGCCCUUAAGGAGUUAUGUAUCUUUGGACAAAUUACUUGGUCUCUCAGUGCCUGUUUCCUCAUUUGUAAAAUGGGGAUAAUAGUAUCUGCCUCAUAGGAGUGUUGAGAAGAUUAAAUGAAUUGAUAUCUAUAAAGUACCUAGAACAUUACUGGGAGUGUAAUGGGUGUUGUUAUCUAAGAGACUUUAUGCCAUAGUCAAAAGGAUACUGACAACCUAGAUUUGAGUCCCCCAUAUCUGUGGUUAACUUGCUAUUAUCUUUGACCAGACUUAACCACUCUCCUCGUCUAUAAAAAUGGGGAUGGUUCAAACAUCGCUCUGAACAUGGAUUGAGUGCUGGUGCUGUGCUUCUAGAUUAUGAACCUGGGGUUGGGGCUGUUUUCUCUGUGUCCCCAGCACCUUGCAUAGUGCCUGAUACAGAGUGUGCAAUAAACAUUUGUUGAAUUUACAAAUAUUUAGCAUCUACCUUGUGCCUCUAGUCUAGUACUGAGAUACAAAUAUGAAUAAUGAAACUCAGGUAUGUAAUAAGUGCUACAAUAGAGAUACAGACCAGGUACAAUAAUAGCAAGAAAGAUAAAGACAGGACUCAGCAUUGGGUUUGGUCAGCAGAUGAUCCCUUAAUGAGCAAAAAGUCUUAGCAGUGGAGAGUGGGGCCAGAAGUCAGAUUAUAGUG